UAAAAAAGGACUAUACCAAUAUUUAAUUACGUAUAGUAAAAAUAAAAACAAUCUCUUGACUAAUAUUUGAAAUCAUGAAAUGGGGGGAAUAUGGGGUAAGUCGUGGGGUGUGUGGGGUAGUGCCCAUAACCGCCUUAACCGCCACUGUUUCAAGAAAUAGAUAAAAUCAGCAUUAAAAUAAAAACAUGAAAUAUCAAGUUUAAUUAGUAGAGAAAAAAAACAAUAAUGCAAGGAAGAAGAUCAUCAUGUUCAUAUCAUCGUUAUGAUUUUGAUGAUGAUUUUGAUGAAAUAAAGAAAGGAUCUUGGAAAGAAGAAGAAGAUGAAGUGCUUAUAAAUCAUGUUAAGAAAUAUGGUCCAAGAGAUUGGAGCUCCAUUCGAUCCAAAGGCCUUUUGCAACGUACUGGAAAAUCUUGUCGUCUUCGUUGGGUCAAUAAACUUAGACCUAACUUAAAAAAUGGAGUGAAAUUUUCUGGAGAAGAAGAAAGGACAGUGAUUGAACUACAAGGACAAUUUGGGAAUAAAUGGGCAAGAAUUGCUACAUAUUUAUCGGGGCGAACUGAUAAUGAUGUGAAGAAUUUUUGGAGUAGUCGACAGAAAAGGUUGGCUAGGAUUUUACGAACAUCCCAAAAUAACACCACUCGAACUUGUGCUUCUCCACUAAUAUUAGAGGCACCUAAAUUGAGCUCAUCAAAAGAACAUGAAGAAUCAUUGUCCAAGUCACAAUCUUGCUCAUCAUCCUAUAUUGACAACUCUGACCACAUGAUGAACCAAGUUCAUGUCCCCUUGGAAGAUUUAGUGAUGACUCCAAAUUCAAUUGCUUUUGAACCAAACAUGCUUAUGCAUCAUCAACUUCACAUCAGGAGUGCUACUACUAAUCCUAAUGAUGAGAAGAAACUUGGAAUCAUAGAAUCUUCACAUAUCCCAACUCAUGAUGAUGACUUUGCUUUGCCACUAGAAAAUCAAGAAUUUUCCAUCAUGCCUAACUUCAUUGAUGUUUUGGGACAUGGAUUUGAUAAUGUGGAAAUACCAUAUGUGAACAGACAAAUUGAGAAGCCACUUACUCCGGAUAGCUUCAUUGAUGACUUCCCUUUGGAUAUGUUUGAACAUAUUGAACCUCUACAAAGUCCAUCUCAAUGGUGAUUUAUUUUUUUUCUUGUUAGGCUUUAGCUAGUAGUAACUACUUAUUAUUAUCUAGUACUAGUAUUUUGCCAUUGCAUGCUAUUAUUGUUUUUUUCUUUUCUUUUUUUGUAUCUAAGACAAUUUGAUUUGAGUGUUUAAAUUGCUCAAAUCAAAUGUUAAUCUUGUGUUUUUAUGAUGGCUAGAUAGAAGAUCUUUCUUUUUUGUUUUCUCAAUAAAAGUAUACAAUACAAUUGGAUCACUUUGUUAA